AUGCAGGAUAAGGAAUGGGAACCGGUGCAGGACGUGUUGCAGGAUUUUAUUGAAUAUUUGAAGGACCAUAAUGAGGACUUUGACGCACUUGGUGCCAACUGUGAUAACACAGGUUGGGAUGAUAUGGAUCAGUAUUCCCGGAUGGGUCAGAGAGUGGCGGACAUGAUGAGAUGUCGACUCAUGUCCGGUGCGUUGUGGUUUGCAAAUGGUGAUAACAUAGAUGGAAAAGGUGGAGAUAUGGACGAAGACGAGGCGGCGCUCAGGUGCGAGGUGGCCCAUGUUUUGGGGCACUUACUGAAAGAAAGGUAUUGUAAAGAUCAGCAAAGAUGGCCCAGAGGUAUAGAGUAUGCUUGGCAAACAUUCAGGAAUAUGAAGAGCGGACAACCCGGUACGCCUGAUGCACUGGGGGGCCCUGUUAUAGACGGCCAGUGUACACCAUGUGGGUAUACGGGCUAUCAGAGGAAUAUAACAGCAAUAAAUUUGGCGAUAGCACAAUGGUUAUUGGAGCAUGGAAACAUAAGUGCUGAAAUAGCACAAAUGCAAGAUGCCAUGCCAUGUAAUAAGGAGUGGCAAGAGUAUCUUAAGGAGGGGGACCAACAAGGGGACCGUAUCAAAGACCGUUUGAGCGAAGAAGGGAAGGAGAAGAUAAAGGAAGGACAGAAGGAGCUGGCAGGAGCAGUAAUAAAGAUAAUUAAGAAAGUGCAGGAAGCAAAGGAUGACAUAAUGAAAGAAGCAAAGAAGAUAAGUGCGCAAGCCCAAAAAUCGGGGACAAAGGAGAUUGGGUACGGUAAGGAUAUGAAUAGUAACAACAGGAACAGUAAGAAUACGAAGACGAAGAAACCAGAAGCGCCACCACCUAAGGUACCAAAGACACCAAAGGAGGUUGUUCCUGAGGACACAGAUAAGAACAAACCACCAGAGCCAGGGAGUGGGACCGAUGGAAGAGGAAGGUCCGAUGAUUCCGCAACGCGAUCCAUACCACAACCCCCACCUGCGGCACCACCACGCGCAUCACCACCAGGGCCAACAGCAGACGGAUCAGAGAAAGCAGGUAAGAAGUCUAAGUCAACAUGUGGGACAACAACAGACACUGAGACUAAGGAGGUAAAUGGGAAUACCGCCACCAUCACAAUCACUACCGUGGAGUCCUCAUCCCCUGAAUGCUCAGGAAGCGGUACCCCAGGUAUUGAGUCCAAUUAG